UCGCGCCGAAUGGUCCACGUCCAGCGUCUCUUACAGCUUUCGGGAAGUUUGCGUUCUUCUGGUGAACCCUAACAUAAUCUCAUCGACAACAGACAGCGCGUCGUCCAGUCCAGUGUAUCAGCUUGAACAAAAACUGAUCAAUCCAGUUGUUCUCAAUUCUCUCCCGGCGAUCGCGACUCUCAAUUCGCGGUCCAUCGACAAAUCAGCCGAAAACUUCGUGCGCCAUCAUCGAUCGAUCGCGUAUCAGUUCUUCGCGUUGAAUUCAAGCGAUCGGACGCAUUGUUGGGCGUAUGCCAAUCGCGGUACAAUCGCAGUGCAGAAACCUGAAAUACUAAUCUACAUCUUCGGAGCCAUCCGGACCGGACACCCAUCCUUGGGGCAUCAGCAACAACAGCAAGUCGAAAUGGAGGCUGGACCACUCGUACGGGCGUUGAUUUGUUCUAUGGUGAUUCUGAACGUGUGCCAUAUUGCGGUGAAAGCGCAAAGCGCCCCAUGUACAACUCCGACCCAGCAGCCCGGGUUAUGCGUGGCAAUUGAACGUUGUCGGAACAUCUACAACAUAAUAUCCAGUCCAACUCCCAUACAAGUUGGCAUUGCCAACUACAUCAAGAGGGCAGCCUGCAAUCUGCCCAAUGUGCAGCGAAGUAUUUGCUGUCAACCGGCCGAAGUUGUACCGGUACCAACGACGGUCGCUCCUCCCCCUUCGGCAAACAGUUGGACCCAUUCCAAUCUUAACCUUCUGCCCAGAGAUUGUGGGCUUAGGGUCGACGAUAGGCUGGCGUUCGGAAACCUCACCAAGGUAUUCUCGUAUCCCUGGAUGGCCGUACUGCGGUACGACUCUAACGGUGUCAUCGUCGAUGGAUGCGGCGGUUCGGUCAUUAACAAUCGAUACGUCCUGACCGCAGCACACUGUGUGAAAACGAGAAGCACUAUGCCGUUACAUAGCGUAGUACUGGGAGAGCAUACGAAGAACCAAGAGCUGGACUGCAACAUCUACCAUGACAAGAAUGGCAAGGAAAUUGAAAGGGAUUGUGCUGAGCCGGCUGAGGUGUUUGGAAUCGACUCGUUUGUGGUUCACCCGGACUACAAUCGUCCUAAGUAUAGCAACGAUAUUGCACUGAUUCGACUCAACAAGCAGGUCGUUAUGAAAGAUCACAUUCGUCCCAUCUGUUUGCCGGUUACAUCCGCCCUCCAGAAGAUGACGUUCGACAAGUACAUCGUUACGGGCUGGGGUACAACCGAGCAGAAGGUCGGGUCAAACAUACUGCUGCAGGCCAAUUUGCCCCACGUCAGUGUCUCCGACUGCCAGCAGAAAAUGAACGAAAACCGUCUGAACAUCCAGCUGAGUGACAAACAGCUGUGCGCAGGCGGUGUGGAUAAGGUGGACACGUGCAAGGGGGAUUCUGGUGGACCGCUCGGGUUCAGCGCACCCUACAACGGAGCCCGGUUUGUGCAGUUCGGAGUCGUUUCGCUCGGAGUUGAUUCCUGUGGGGAGAAGAGCGUACCCGGAAUAUACUGCCGAGUGUCUGCCUACAUGGACUGGAUAUUGGAUAACGUGCAUGCUUAGCCUCCUCGAAUAGGAAAUUAUUAUGAAGCACCGUGUGCCUGUGUUCUCAUAAGACUUGCGAUAGUGUGAUAAGUGAGAUGUAAUUUUGGAUAACGCCAAAUAUAUUUUAAAUUAGAUUUGAAAAAAAAAACAUUACAAACUCCUUUGUAGAAUUUAACAGAUAAACUAAGGUUUAUUAAAAGUCUAGUGAAAUUAAACACUGAAAGCAUAAA